AUGGAUGCAGAGCCGUCGAGUAUACUGCUGAUCGAGCCGCAGUCGCCUGGCCAAACGAGCGCAGAGUCGGAUGGUUCUCUUACACCUCAACGCACGGCAGUGAUUAAUCGCUCGCCCAAAGGGCAGCCAAUAUCGCCAACAAGUAAAUUCAACAACCUCAUCCUCAAGCUUGCCGCAUCAACGCCGCCUGCCAAGGAAGCUAAAGAGAAAUUGCUCCUCGCAGUCGAGAAGCUGAUCUCCGACGGAGCGAGUCUCGACUGCACGGACAGCAGUAGGCGCACACCCUUGCACCGUGCGUGCGCCAGCGGCACGAGGGACAUGAUCGCGCUGCUUCUCCGCCAUGGCCCAGAACUGAAAGGCGCGCGCGAUCGACGUGGGAACACGCCGCUGCAUGUCGUCUGCUCCGAGAGAAGAGGGUCGGCAUUUGACCUUCGGACUGCGGUGAGUUUCUUCAUUGAUGCAGGGGUUGAUGUGAAUUGCGUGAAUGAGGAGGGCGUGACGGCCCUGCAUCUCAUCGCCGAGCGAGGAGAGGAAGAAUGGAUUAGCACGGUGGAGCUACUGCUGCAGAAUGGGGCGCAGAUUGGCUUGGGCGAUGGGAUGGGAAAGACGGCGCUGCACAAGGCUACCGUCGCCGGGUGCGCAGAGCUGGUAGAGGCAUUGUUGCAGAAUGGAGCGGCAGUUGACGCGGUGGAUGAUCUGGGCCACUCGGCGCUGCAUAUGUGCGUGGUCAGUGAGAGUCUCGAGGCGAUGGAGGUGCUGCUGAGGUACGGGGCGGAUGUGAAUUUGAGGGAUGGACGGGGCCAUACAGUACUGCAUCUGGUCUGCCGUUACGGAUGGGUUGAAGCGGUGGAUAUGCUGAUGGAGAAUGGGGCAGACGUCGAGAUCAAGGACCAGGACGGGUUGACGGCGUUGCAGUUAGCUAAAGAGACUGGGGCUGAAGAGCUAACACCGAGGCAAUCCUGGUGA